GGUCAGUUUGUUUCCCCGGAUCCGCCAUUUCAUUUUUUGAAGUUACUUGUGACAAGUUACAGGAUUUGGUUCCAAAUUACAUUGUUUUACAACUGUGUUUUCUGAAUAAUAAUACACUUUACAUUCCAGUCUGGGGAACAGACACGUUGGGUACGAAGACCGUGCUGUGAAUUUUAAAUUGAUGGCCAUAGGCAAGUUGCGGAUGUCUCCUAUUUUCCAAACGUGUUCUAGGCGCUAAAGUUUUUUGUAUGAGUUGAACGCUGGUUGUGGAUAAGUGGAGUCAAAGGGAAGGCCCGUGAAGCCUCGGCUUUGGAGUGGGAGUCAUGGCCGGACAUUUUGACGCAGAAGACCGUGCAAGUUGGUUUUGGGGAAGAUUAAGUAGACAGGAUGCUGUUUCACUUUUACAAGGACAGAGGCACGGAGUGUUUUUAGUGAGGGACUCUAUUACAAGCCCGGGCGACUACGUGCUGUCCGUUUCAGAGAAUUCCAAAGUCUCCCAUUACAUAAUCAACAGCAUAAGUAACAACCGGCAGUCUGGCUCAGGUUUGGCUCCUCCUCGGUUCCGUAUAGGGGACCAAGAGUUCGACGCCCUCCCUGCCUUGUUGGAAUUCUACAAGAUCCAUUAUCUGGACACCACCACCCUCAUAGAGCCCAUCAACAGGGCCAAACACUCGUCCUUCAUCAGUGCGGGAGCUGGAGGCCCACCGCAGCGACUGGAAGACGAGUUUGUUCGUGCACUCUUUGAUUUUCCGGGCAACGAUGACGAGGACCUGCCCUUCCGGAAGGGUGACAUCCUGCGUGUCCUGGAGAAGCCAGAGGAGCAGUGGUGGAAUGCUCAGAACAUGGACGGACGUGCCGGGAUGAUCCCAGUGCCUUACGUGGAGAAGUACCGACCCGCCUCUCCCAACUCAGGAGGCCCUGGCGUGGGGGGCCCCGGCGUGGGGGGCCCGGGAGGGAAUGCAGAUGGCUCCAGUGUUCAAGGCCCUCCUCUGGUUGGAGACCCCAGCCAGUAUGCCCAGCCCACCCCUCUUCCCAACCUGCAGAAUGGACCCGUCUUAGCCCGGGCCAUUCAGAAGAGGGUGCCCAAUGCCUACGACAAGACCGCCCUGGCCUUAGAGGUGGGCGACAUGGUGACGGUGACCAAGAUCAACGUGAACGGCCAGUGGGAGGGCGAGUGCAAGGGCAAGCGCGGCCAUUUCCCCUUCACACACGUCAAGCUACUGGACCAGCACAACCCAGAGGACGAGCUGAGCUGAGAGUGGACUCUGGGCUCCGCCCCCAACCCCCACCGCCCACCCCCGUUCCGUAACCUCACCCUGCCCUGUAGACAAACACACACACACACACACACACUCCCUGUCCAACCACCAUUAACCCAGUGUCAGUUCUCAUGACCACUUACACACACACACUCGCCACUUCCUCCUCAGUUGGUCCUGUUAGAUAAUCAUUACGCUGUGUCAUCGUCGUUCGUGCCUCCAAUAUUUAUACCACUUCAGCACCACGUUCAGCUCUGUAAACACUCAGACACACACACACAUUCCCCUUUUUAAAAUGAAAGACUAGCCUCCUGCAAUGCCAGCACCUGAUGGGCUGAAGGACGAUAGCUUUGUAUUACCAAGAGGAGGAGCGGAUGAUGGCCAUUAGGAGAAAGAGAAGGAGAGUGAGAAAUAUUAUCUUGGACUGGAAUGAUUUAUCCAGGCACUCAAUAGGGGACUCUGUCUCUGGUCAAUGCAGGGAAUCUGUUAGGGUAACACUACAUUUAACAACAAGCUACCAUCCGCACUACAAAACCAUGACCAAGUACCAAGUAGUCUUUUGUAUGAAAAAAAAAGAACAUAUUGUUAUGAAAUUGUUUUAAUAUGAUAACCAUUACAUGCUAGAAUGAUGUUGCCCCCCCCCCCCUCUUUUUCUUUCCCUGCUGUAUUUUGUUUCUCCUUUCUUUAUGGUUUUCCCUCUCCUCUUGUAGAAUACAUUCUGUUUAUCUGCUGUUGUCUUAGAAACCGCCACCGGCUUCUACAGCCACAAACUGAUAUUCUGUAGCUACGGAGUCAGCUUGUCGUUAUGAAACCUAAUGACAACCUGCAAAUACAGGUUGUGUCCACUCGGAAAGAAUGAAAGAACAAUAUGCUACAAAUUCAAACGGGAAGGUGCCGUCGGUGCCUGUCCUAUUUAGAAAUACUUUAACUAAUACCUGUUUUCCGUCUAAACAUCACCAUGGUGACAGCAAAGCGUGAAAUGAUCAACAUGUCUGCUGGCUUGUGGUGGGGGCGGUUAACCACGUCAUCAUGUUCAGGCACAGCACCGCUAGGCUGCAUGAUCUCUCUAUAGUGCCUGGCCGUAAAGGGACUUGUUUAGGUUGAAUGUAUAUCAACUACAAGAAAACAAACGGUUAGCUUAGUCUCAGUAUUUCCUUGGUCUGAAUGUACCUUGCCUUCCAUUAAAUCUACUCCCAGUAACAACGCCCAGGCCGACACAAUUGCAAAGAUCUUAUCAAACGUCUUGUGCUUGUCAAGGUGCUACCCCUCUAUUUUAGAUACGCCUCUGUUUAGUUGCAUGUCUGUGUGUUCUGACUAGCUUUCAGCCAUUCUACAGAAUCACUAAAAGAUUUUAUUCUUUAGGUAUACCUAUAAAAAGUUUAAUUUUCACCUUGUUCUGAGAAUUUUGUGCAUGAUCAGCCUGGGCAGUGCAGAUGUUCUACCUUACUAUAGCUCAUAUUAAAAGAAUAUUUUCACAAGGCAAGUUUAGUGAUUUAUAUGAAUUGGCUUUCUCCUGGUCUGUCCUAAACAGAUCAGUACCUUCAUUUUGUUCAGUACAUGAUUCUGAUUGGAUGGUUAAACCGCGUUGACACAAUUACUAUUCUCACUUAACGCUUUGUGUCAGAGCACGCAAAAGUACUUAGCAUCUGCAGGCGAAUGUUCUUACAUUUAGCAAGUCAUUCACAAAGCCCCCAAAAUUCAGAUGAACAAUUUCCCCUCGCAGAGUUUUUUUUUCGGUUUUAGGUAGCGUUCACCUGAGAAACCAGUUACCCCGUCUCCAGUAGAAAUUGCCACUAGGGUGCAGUGCAACAGCACUACAUUAGGCUAAGACGUUGGGGUGAACCAAAAGCCUCUCUGACCCCCUGCGCUUGUUUAUCUACAGCAGGGCUGUGCAGAACUAUCUCCAGAGAAGUAUGGAUUGGCAACUUGUUUUUCCAAACAGAGUUGUGACAAGCUUGAGUUGGCGUUUCAAUCAAUAGAAUAGCAGUAGAAUGUGGUGUGCUAGACUGGGGUUUGGGGGAACCUACAGGUCGGUAGCUCUCCAGGAGGUUUUGCAAAGCCCUGAUCCAAUAGAGUAUUGUUUAACAUUUAACAUUUCCUCAUGUUCCUGGAGAUUACCUUUCUUUUUACAAAAACGUUCCAAAUGUUUCCAAUGACAUCUUUGCCUUUUCUUGAUUUUCCCAUCACACCAUGUCAUUUCUACUGUACGUUUGUUGUCUGUGGCAGACCUUUUUUUUAAUUGAUACUCAAAGGUGAUUUAGCCCCAGAUUUAUAAAACAGCUGUGAAAAAUCCAAAGGACUAAUUUUCCAGGCAUCAGGUCUUAAAUUUUGUUUCAUUGUAAUACGAGUUGAUAUCAGUGGUGUAGCCCCUGUUUGAUUAAACACUGUGCUGUCCUCACAUUCAGAAACAUGUUAGUAGAUGUUAAGAGGACUAGAAUAGAUAAACAUUUGACAAUUAAAUUAUCCUAACCCCAAACCACUGGGGUUUUCCCCAAAUCCCCUACACUUGCCACACACAUUUAUUUUCUGUUUAAUUGUAGCUCUCAAACUGACAAACCGUUAUCGCCAAUUCAUGCCACUGUCUGUGUUUAAGGGUACAAUGCAGUAUUAGCAACAUCCGUUAAAUCGCGUCUGCUUUGUCACUCGCUCUCGCAAUGCAUGCUUGUUGCUUUUCUAAUCUACUCUUAUUUUAGUGAUUUUGUUUUGUCAAUCAUGCCUAUAAAUAUUUUAAAGUAUUGUAUUUUUGUAACCCUGUGUAAGUCAGUACCUUUCCAGAGGACGGUUGGAUGGCGCAACAGGCAACCACAAAUAGAAAUUGUGAUAUCCAGAUGUGCCAUUGUAUUAUAACACUAUAUUCUUUCAAGACAAUUUAAAUGACCUUUUAUUUCCUGUAGCAUGUAAUGUGUUUAGAUAUACCUAGUGAAUAAAGUCAAAGUAUUGGCAAAUUAAAAUGUCCGUUGAUUGUCAUGGAUUAGUGGUUCUCGAAAAUCAUCUUUUUUUUUUUUUUAAACUAGCUCAGUGGAUUCGCCAAGUCAGAUGCAUUGAAGUAUUGCCAGCAGAUCAAAUCAGGUGUGCUUGCUCUGGAAUUGAUCAAAUACAUGGACCAAUCAGGGUUCUCUCGAUGGAGAGGUUUGAGGACCAUGGUCUUGUAGAUGAAUGUUAUACAUGACCAUGAAUGUACUGAAGAGAAAGUUGGCUUUCUUGUUUGUUUUUUUCUAUUAGAAAUAAAGCAGUUUAUUAUUGCA